CGCUCUUUUCCCGCUCUUUUUCUAUCUUUUCACUUCUACACCAUAACCUCCCAUCGCUACUAUCCCGCUCGAUUUCGUCAGACUGACCGGCCGACUUACCACCUCGACCGCCGAUUCCUUCCAAGUCCCUAAGCCACUUCGAAAGCCUACCCAGUUAUCCUAUUCGGCGGCGUCAAACUUAUAUCCUCCCAUAUACCAAUCUAAUCGGCCACUCCAUUUUAUACACUGGUCGAAUUCUUGGUUCUGUAUUAUUUUAGAAUAUCCAACGAAUUUGUCGCCUUCAAACUUGCUAGACGAUAGCUUCGAUGUUACGAUAGGUCUCGUCUCAAUCGCCUUCAUGACGCACCGAACCUAAACCAUAUACACCCCCCUUAUUUAACAGCCAAGGAAGUCUAUUCGGGCACCUAUUGGCUUGGGCUAUACUCGCCUAGGAAGAAAAUCGGUUUGGUUAUUUCCAAUUUUUGGCAGACAUGAUGGAGGAAUAUACGGAUAGUCCCUUGGAGAGCGAUGAUGUCUUUCCCUGUAAGGGUUGUGGAGAGAUCCUCGAAGAGGGCAAAGCAUUUGAACUAGCGGGGAACCGAUGGCAUCUUAACUGCUUUCGAUGUAAUACCUGCGGCACCCUUCUCGAUUCCGAUGCGAACCUCCUAUUGUUAGGCGAUGGUUCUCUCAUAUGCAAUAACUGUACAUACAGCUGCAGUGCUUGCGGCGACAAAAUCGAGGACCUUGCGAUAUUAACCGGGGACCAAGCUUUCUGCGCCGCCUGUUUCCGAUGCAGGAAUUGCAAGAGGAAGAUCGAAAACUUGCGAUAUGCUAGAACCUCGCAGGGAAUCUUUUGCAUGAAUUGCCACGAAUCUCUAAUGGCAAGGCGUAGGAAGAAAUCCAAAGCUGCCGCCCAAGCAAAGGCACGGGAAAAAGAUGCAUCGCCCAUGAUUAUGGAAAAGUCCCUCCCGGCUCUUCCACCGAACGCUAUACCGCCGAAUGCCUUUUCAAACGAUAGGGUCGAUCCUGAGUCCGAUACUCCAACGGAACUUUCCCCGCGACCACGACCGGCAUAUCCCCGCAACGACUCGUCGAGAAGCAGUUCGAGACCCGAUAGAUCGCCCGACCGAUCUGGCGAUCAUUCCGGAAGAGACAACGGCCUACCCCUCCCUUCCCAAAGCUAUCGCAAUAACCGAAACUCGUCUAUCUUCUCAGGUGGUGAUAUUACCGGCAACAACGGCGGUGACGAUCAAAGUUUCUUCAUUCCAGUUGCCUUAGAUCCGAGCCCAGUACCGUCCGUUACGCCUAGAUCUACGUCAGAGGCUCUCACCGACUCGAACAAGAAAACCAAAGAAAAGGAUUACUUUAGUCUUUCGAAGCCAACUGCUGGGCCGGAGCGGAGGGAUACCUCACAGUCAUCCACGCCCCAUAUUGCUUUCCAGGAGAAAGGAAGACAACCGUCAUUUGACCACGAGAACCCACCUCCUAGAGAUUUAGGCCGAAAGCUUUCUAAAUCGUCUAAGGGCGAUAAGAGUGCGACAACAAAAUCGUCACCUACGUCAGCAGACGAUCGGUCUUCGAGAUUGGCGAAUGGAAGAUCUCAUCCCUCGGAUGACUUCAAAUUGCAGGAAGCGCCAAAGAGCAAGAAGUUGAACACUCGUACGGGUUCCCAAUCAAAUGCGGUCCCAGACUCUACCGUCUCUAGAGGCAGCAGCAACUCUAGUCGAAAGGACAAAGAUGGAUUUUCUAGUGAUUCUCCCCAACAUUUACACGCGGGCGACAAGACAAGCACUCCACGUAGCUCGCAAGAGUCUCGACUCAAAGAUGACGAUGAAGUGCGGUCCAACGAUUCCAUGGCUACCUCUGUUAGUAACAACAUAACGCCCAUUACGCGAAAGGAGCUCCCAGCUUCGGCUUUGAGGAACGUGAAUGGUAGCGCGUCUCGACCUACUGCAAACGAGCAGAAAACCAACGAUCAAUAUAUGACUCCAAGAGCACCGCCUGCCCCGCCUACGUCAGCAGCUGGUCAGGAGUCAGCAAACGCGACAGGUGAAACUAAGGCGUCGCCCAAACUACCCAGAUGGAGUGCAGGUGGUGACUUCAGUAUGGAUGAAGACAUGGCCCGUAUUCUAGGGACGGAUGAAGGUUCCUCUUCUAUCCUCCGUCGGGUUUCAAACGCUGUGCGCCAUGGACGAACAAACAGCACUGAAUCAAGUAACAACCUUCCUCGUGUCGGUCAUACCCGGAGUGCUAGUGAAACAACCCGUAGUACGACCACAUCGCCGCGUUGGCCGAAGACUCCUAUCGCAGAAGACGCCGUUAACGGUACAGGUCACGAUAUCAGCAGCCCCCUAUCGAUCAAUUCGAACGACGAUCCAGUUCUAUUGAGAAGACGUCUGCGAAACUCCGAGCAAAGAGUCGCAGAAUUAGAACGCCAGUUCAAUAACGAGAAGGACCUAAAGAACCUUACGCAGAAGCUAGAGGAGAAGCGAAAGACGGUGUCUGUACUUGAUACACAAACUGAAAUCAUGAUACGUCAGUUGGAAGCGCUGGCAGGAUACGUGGAGAGGGCCAAGGAGACUAAGAGGCCUAUCGACCCCCGCGAACUCGAGGACUCUGCGUUGAAGGACUUUGUCCAGAGACUUGAAAAACUCAAGCAAUCCAUGUCGGCCAGUCUUGAGCAGCUUCAUGCUGAGCGGGACGAACUUUUGGAGGAAAAGAAUAAGGCGAUUGCAGAAAGGGAUCGUGCUCGAGUGGAAUUCGAACAACUGGUCUCUAAGAACGCACAGUUGGCCGACUUGAACAACGACCUUACCAACCAGAUACAGGAACGAUUCAAGAAUCAUUCGGACCCCAAGUCCCCUCCUAACGGACUUGGAAUUUACAACUCACACAAGGGCGCAUCGAACAAUUCGAUAAGUUUGGAUAGUUCCAGCAUCCAAACCGGUACAACCGUCAUUGCUGUCGAUCAAGAAGAGCCAAUUCUUGAAGCUGGGCCUACCGUGGUCAAGAUAGGAAAGGGCCAGGUUAAAAAAUUCAACUGGAAGAAGGGCUCGAAAGCCAUGGCUCAGAACAUCGCGAAGGGUGUGAACCGCACAGUUGUAGCCUUCCAACAGCCAGAACGCGAGCGCCACCAGCCAGGUAUGGCGGGUGAGAGCAUCGGUCUCCCCUAUAACAUGACAGUCGUACCUGUUGAAUCGCCAGUCUCGCACACUCCUGUUAAUGGUCAAAAUCGCCAACCCGGAGAUGCUAGUCGACAAGGCUUCUUUGGGUUCAAGAAGGCCAAUACGAUGCCAAAGGGUAUGGCAAUGUCAAAUAUGUCUAUUCCGGCUAUUGCGGAAGCCCCUUCGGUACUAUUCGGGUCCGAGCUGGCGGAUAGGGCCGAUUAUGAGCGCCGCCAAAUCCCCUGCGUCGUUACCCGCUGUAUCGAAGAGGUCGAGCUGAGGGGUAUGGAUAUGGAAGGCAUAUACCGCAAGACUGGUGGAAACUCUCAAACCAAAGCCAUUCAAGAAGGGUUCGAUAAGAACGAAAACUUCGAUAUUUCCGACCCCGAUAUCGACAUCACUGCUGUGACGAGUGUUCUGAAGCAGUACUUUAGAAAACUUCCAACACCGCUGUUAACAUUUGAUGUUUAUGACCGCAUCCUCGAGACGAAUUCAAUUCAAACUGAUGAGGAAAAGUGCACACACCUGCAAAGUGUAUUCAAGCAGCUGCCGUCUCAACACAAGGAUUGUCUCGAAUUUUUGAUGUUCCAUCUCCACCGCGUUGCCUCCCGAGAGCGCGAGAACCUCAUGACCCCGAAGAAUCUCGCUGUGGUCUUUGCUCCGACCAUUAUGAGGGACCACAACAUCGAGCGAGAGAUGACCGACAUGCACGCCAAGAACCUUGCUGUGCAAUUUAUUAUUGAGAACACGCACAACAUUUUCAUAUAGUUUCGGCUGGUUUUCCGGCUAUUGACCUAUUGACCUCACCACUCGAACCCUGUACAUACUAGACGAAAGAGAAGUGUGAUUCGUCAAUUUUACAAAGAACUACAUCGAAGUCAACAGCAUUCAAGUUUCAGCCCGGAGUUCAUUCCCCUUACCAAAGAUCACGACCAUACCAUAUGGCUGGUUUAGAAUU